UUCUAAUACACAAAUCACAGUCUCGUGAAUGUUUCAAAAGCUGGAGAAAAAAAAUGAUAGCUUGAAGAUCUAGAAAGGUUUUUUUCUUUUCUUUAGUUGAAGAGAUAAAAGAAGAGCAAAUAAGCAAUGGGGUGUUCGUUUUCAGGGUUGAAUGCAUUAUACGACGCCGUAAACGGCGGAGGGGACGUUUGGAUCAACGACAACCGGUUCAGGAUCGUGAGGCAGUUGGGCGAAGGUGGGUUCGCCUAUGUUUAUUUGGUGAAGGAAGUCGUAUCCGAUCCCUCUUCAGCUUCAGCUACUGGCUUAGAAAAAAAAGUCAAGGCCCCUUCUCAUCUUUCUGGUUCUUACAACUCGAAUGCUAUGAAAGCUAAAAAGGAGUUCUUCUCUACCUCAGAUGUUCUUCAAAUAUUCCGGCAGCUGUGUGCAGGACUGAAACAUAUGCAUGGUCUUGAUCCUCCAUAUGCACAUAAUGAUGUUAAGCCAGGAAAUGUUCUUUUAACCCGUAGAAAAGGGCAAUCACCUCUUGCAAUAUUGAUGGACUUCGGGAGUGCUCGUCCUGCGAGGAAACAAAUUCGUUCUCGUUCAGAAGUUCUCCAGCUUCAGGAAUGGGCAUCUGAGCACUGUUCAGCACCUUUCCGAGCUCCCGAGUUGUGGGACUGCCCGAGCGAUGCAGAUAUUGACGAGAGAAGUGAUAUUUGGUCAUUGGGAUGCACUUUAUAUGCAAUAAUGUACGGGGUGUCUCCAUUCGAGUAUGCACUUGGAGAAGCUGGAGGAAGCCUGCAAUUGGCCAUUAUAAAUGCUCAGAUUAAGUGGCCGGCUGGGCCUAAACCACCAUAUCCUCAUCAGUUCGUGACAUGGACGCUUCAGCCUCAGGCCGCGGUUCGACCGCGGAUAGACGAUAUCAUAAUUCAUGUCGACAAGCUGAUCUCAAAGUUUCCAGAGUGAUAUCGUAUGUA